UUUCACCUCCUUUUUUGGUUUUUUUUUUUAUUAAGAAAAAAGGAGCAAAAGAGGAAACUUUGUUUUCUACCUUUCCCCAAUGUCUUCUGGCUGCCAUGUUUGGGUGCUUACCUAACUCCCUUGCCAAUCACCGGUGCCAUGGUGUCGGUCUGACACCAAAACUACCCAAGGAGACAGGAACCCUGCAUAGCCGCCCUGGCCCUCGCAGGAUCUGCCCACUCUGCAGUCCGUUAUCUGCGGGCGUCAGCUUGGGGCAGGCGGUCGCUGGGAAACGGUGUGUUGCGCACGAAGUACCCUCCAUCUCACCCGAAUGUGGUGGGAAAGGGCCGAUAAUGACUGGUCGCACAACCGCGUGACAAGGACCCCUUCCCCCUCUCCUCACACCGACUGGACAGACGCCCGUGUGGAUUUCAAGAUGGUGGUCGUUGGAGUACUGGUUGGCUGCCCUCCAUAUCUUGGCCAAACCUUCCUACAUUGUUUGCUCAGGCUCUGUAGAGAGCGACCAGGUCCUAGAGAGCGACCAGGUCAUAGAGAGCUGUGAUCGUCCUGUCGGCCAUUUCUGAAUGAAUGGGCCUGAAGUAUAGGAUCCACACCUGGAUGGCCAUAGUCUCCUCCACCUCUUGGCUACAUAUCCGCCCCAUAAGGCUCGAGGAGGAGGCGCAGAAGAUGGCAGGAGGCAGGCCAGCAGCCAAUAAUACGGAGACUCUGUCUUGCAAUCUACAUAAAGUGAAGCAAUCUGCCUUGGCAGUAGCAGGAAAGACUGGUUCAAUAAUUAUCCCACGGUACAGUACAUCUACGUUAGUGGUUGGGAGAGUACCAAUUCUAGUAGUAUAUGCGUAACUAUCUGUAGACACAACGGCUCCCCUUCCUUCUCUUCG